AUGUUCAAAUUACAACUAAAAUAAGUUUUAAUAAAGUCUAAUAAGUUCAGGUACAUUCAGAUAAGAUCAGAUAAGUAUAAAUCAGGUGAAUAGAACACACCAUAAUUCUGCUACAUGAAAAAUAAAGUCUACUAUAAUGAAUAAAGUCUAAUAAUAUAAAUUCAUUCAAAAUAAGUUGAUCUGAACAAAGCUUUACAGUAUACAAUAUCCUAUCUAAAUGUCGAACAGUUACUUGCUUCCACAUUUUCUUGAACUUGAAUUAUUUUAAUUUAUAUCUAAAUCAAUUUUUCCUUUUUUUUUUUGGGGAGAGCACAGCAUUCUUGCUAAAGGAUAUUCCUUGAACUAAAACAGUCUAAAAAAGAAGCAAAAACAUAUCCAUAUAGUGUCUAAAAAAGCAAGUCAUAGUUAUCAAUUCUUCUAUCAUAAGGAAAUUUAUGACUUUAUGCCUUCCCUUUGCUUUUGGCUUUUCCUAUUCAGACAGUACAUGUCUAAAGUCUCUACGCAAAGUAAAGAUAGCAUAUUGCAAAGCAGAGGAAACUUACUUACCUUUGCUUGAGACAUAGGACAAAGAGAGUACCAGAUAUCCCUUCUUCCUGGGCUUGUGACAGCCAUAGAUGGGGAACGAAAACUAUAGAUCCUAGGGCUGCAUAAUAACAUCUGCUAUCAAAAUAGAGAGAAUCCAAAUGUCAGAGCCCACUGUUACAGUUGUUAGGCGCAUUCACUCAUUACUUAAUCAGAAAUCGGAAAUAUCAGAGUCUGUUAAGGAUAAGUUUGAAGAGUUGCUGUCAUCAAUCGAUAAUCUUACAUGCUACCUUGACCAUGCAGAUGAAAACAGACUACUCACAAAAACAGCUACCCGAUUUGAGAACAAAGUCGAAAAAUUCAUCUACAAGGUGACAUCUGAAAGCAGAGUAGGUUGUAGCUUUCUCAGAAGGUUUCUCGUGCAAAUGGCUCAUGAAUCUGAAGAUGUGAUUGAUGAUAUUGUCAACAAGGUUGCAAACGAACGUAGUGGAAGAUAUGGCUUUUUAAAAAAGUAUGUCUGCCGACCAUCUUUUCAAAUAGCCCCUCAACAAAUCCAGAAAAUAGAAGGCAUAACAAAGAAAUUGCACAAGGCAAAAGAAGAUAUAGAGAAAUUCCAUGUUUCAGAACCAAAAGAGAAACCAACCGACCAAAGGUUGAGAAAGAUUACAUCAACUACCAGCUAUCCCCACAAGAUAGUUGGCUUACAGAAAGUGAUCAAUUCUCUGGUAGAGAAAAUAAUUUGGAGUGGAAACACAGAAAGCAUCCUCUACAUUGUGGGUACAGUAGGUUCUGGAAAAACCACCCUAGCCACAGAGAUCAGCAACCAUCGAGAUAUCAAAGAACACUUCAAAUCUGUGGUGUGGGCAUCAGUAUCAGAAAAGAAGGAUGCUAAAAACAUCUUUCUCGAAAUCUUGAGAAAAACCCAAGGGAAGGAUGAAGAUGCAGAAAGCAACAUGAUCACAAAGGAGUUGAUGAAUAAGAUAUGCAAUACCCUAAAAGAGAGGCCAUAUCUUAUCAUUCUAGAUGAUGUGGAAGAUCCAGAUAAUCUCUCCACCCAUUUGUUUCAUGAUCCAAGGCUUGCAUGGUAAAAGCAAAUUAGUAAUUACAACUCGUGCUGCUCUCAGUAAUCCCUACAAGCACGGGGAGUAUACUGUUAGAUCAUCUGAGGAUGAAUAUUCUCUGGCUGAAAAGUUGACUGCCAAAAUGGUCCAUGAAUCAAGUAUCUUUUACAGGCUUGCAAAUUAUGCCGCUGUCUUGAUCCGCGAUGAACAUUUUGAUGAUGCGAGAGUUAAAUUACACUUUACUGCAAGGAAAUGGGUAACCAUAGAGGAUGAAUGGGAUGACAGAAGCAUUCUUCUUGCUAUCUUACAAGAAGUCGAAGAAAAAGUGAUGACAAAUACAAGGGAUAGAAACGAAAGUCUAAACGUAGACCAAUUGAGUGAAAAGCUUAGGGAGUUCCUAGCGAAACCGCCUAACCUAAUUGUACUUGACCAAGUACAAAAGGCGGAAAGUCUAGCACAUCGUUUGCAUUCUAUACUUGAUGAAACAAAACAUAGAAACAAGAUAAUAAUCAUCACCAACAACCUUCCAACAGAGCUUCAACAAAAUGAAGACCUUAUAACUACAGAGGACUUCCUGGAUUAUGAUCAUCUAGUAAGGAGAUUAACAGGGGAAGGGGAACAGCCAAGUUCGUUUUCCAUCAGAGAUUUGGAUGGUUCUGGAAGCAACAAAGACCUAGCCAGAGAGCUGUAUAAUCAUUCAAUUGUCAAACAACAUUUUGAGGACAAAAAAAAAAUGGAUCCCUAUACCCAGGGGGUUGGAUGCUGAAGAUGCUUUGCGUCUGAUCAUUAAACAAACGACUGGAAACAAUCCCAGCAUACAAGAAUCUAACAAAGAGAAACUGGUAGAUGUAUUACUCGGUGCGCUAGAGGAAAAAAAGUACCUGCUUGUUCUAGAUGGCAUGGGCGAAGACUUGGUAUGUGACUUGCUUGCAGCUCAGAGUACCAAAGCUCGCAAAAAGAAAAUCUUCCUCCCAAGUAAGAUAAUAAUCACUGUUGGUAAUCCUCGAACCUUUCAGCACUCAAAUUUAAAAUACGCCUUGUAUGAGAUGCAACCUCUACCUGAAAAGGAAAGUUGAGAUUUACUUUGCAGCAUAGCUUUCAAUCAUGCAAAAAGUAGACCAAGCAUGGAUCAGAUAAUUGAUCAAUUCAAUAGAAAAACAAAUGGAGAAAUUAUCAAAAGAGAUAAAAUGCUAGAUCAUUGUAAAGGCAUACCUUUGGCUAUAGUUGCAUUCGGAGGGCUUUUAAGCACCAAAGAAACUGUUGAAGAAUGGGAAACGGUGAGUACUUCCUUAAAUUCAGAAGAAACACGGUCUGAUCAGGCGCUAGAGAACAUACUACUGUUAAGUUAUCAUGAUCUUCCAAAUGACAUAAUGCCAUGCUUCCUUUACCUCAGCCUCUUCCCACCCGACUCUGAGAUUUCAACUGGAAUGCUGAUUAGGAUGUGGCUAUCUGAAGGUCUAGUAGCAUUAAAUUCUCCAUCUAGUACACAGAAGACUUUGGAAAAUGUGGCAGCACAGUACCUAGAGGAAUUAGCUUGCAGGUGCCUCAUUCAAGUCGUGAGGAGAAACCAUGUUGGAGAUAUGAAAACCAUCCAUAUGCACGACAAGAUUCAUCAAGUUUCCAUCACAAAAUCAACAGAGUUAGGAUUUCUUGAAAAUUAUCCCCACGCACAAGACAAGCCUUUGCUUCAGCCUGCAGCCCAUUCCAGGAGUGAUGUUCCUCAAAUCAGAGAAAUGCAUCUACGACGAACCGCAAUACGUCCCGGGUAUGAAUUGCUUAUUUUUAAACAAAUUUUUCAAGUUCAGCCCUAAAUGUAUGACAAAGACCUCAAAAUCACUCUCACUAUUACUUGUACACUUUUAACAUAAUUUUUUUUUUUCUUCUUAUCCACUUAUGGGAUUAAGGCUUUGAUUGAUUGAUACACAAAAAAUAAAAUCUCACUCGGCCAGUAUGACUGUCCUACAAUUUACUUUUGGAUAUCCAAGUUGACCCUUCAGGGUAAGACUUUACAUAAGGCUAUCUUUACUUGUGAAAAGCAAAAUUAGAAACACUCCUAAUUAUUUGUACAAGUCAACGUAUACAAUCUAAUGGGAUGGUAUAUAUGGAUAAAGUAUAAAAAAAAUUCAAGUGUUUCCAAAACAGCAUCUUUCAAUACCUGGACAACCUAUUUGUUUUAUAGAAGUUUCCAGCAUUGCAUUAUGUACUUUCAGAUAUUUCAGUGCAAUAUCUUCCUAUGUUCCCAUUAAUUUAUUUAUUUUCAUCUAGCAUCAAAUAUAAGCUAUUCCACAUUCCCUAACAAACACAAGGAGGACUAGUUCCAGUGUUUUUCACUAACAAACAGUUGGAGUACAUCUUAGGAAGUUGAACUAUCUAUGUAAUUCUAUAUUUUCAAUCAAAUGAACACUAAAGAAAGAUCAUUUUGUCAAUUCAGCCAUGUUCGGUCAUCACCCAAUUAUUUGCGUACACCUAAUUUAGCCACUCUUACAUUGAUGGAGGCGAGAGGGAGUACUAUUCCUAUAACUUAUUGAUAUUGCUAAGUAGAUGAAUAAUUUAUUAAAUGUUAGCCACUCAUAUAGAGCACAAAACACUUAAGAAAAGAUUUGCUCUGUGUAUAGUAUUCCUGCAAUUAUUUGAUAUUCCAAAUAGGUGAAUAAGAUCCUUCACAGCUAGCCACUCACAUAUAGCACAAAACAUUUAAGAAAAAGUUUUUCUCUAUUCUCCAUAUUCUGUUGCUCUGGACAUUUUAUUUUCUUUUGAACCUAAACUGACAAGAGCUAAUUAAAGAUGCAAUAUCAGGCUAAUCAUUAGCCAUUUACCAUUGACAUACAGCUAUGCUCCUCCUAAAACUUCCAAUAAUACUUUGAUCUUCAUCUUCCCCCUACAUGAUUAAACAACAAAUCACAUGUCAUUUCAUAUUCUUCUGCGGAUAAGGACUUAGCAUGACCACUUAUCAGUCAAAAAUCAUCUGAGAUAUUUUUAUUGCAUUGUUAACAUCAUGAGAGCAAAUUAUCAGUCAACAACUUAUUAUUUUGCAGGAAAUUCGAUACAUAUCCAAUACAGAGUUUGAAACUUAGAACUUUAGUUCAAUUUGGGAAACAUGGAUUAUCAGUGAAGCAUUAUUAUUUUCAGCAUGAUACCUUGUUGACUAGCUAGAAGCCAAUACACAAGCAUUUCAAGCUUCCUCAGAGUACUGAUUCUUUGUGGGAUCAGAAUAAGAGCUCUACCAGAACAAGUUGGAGAACUGAUAUUCCUGACCUACCUAGGAUUAAGGGCCACUGGGGUAUUAGAACUUCCUAAGACCAUUAGGAACUUACGACAAUUGAUAACCCUGGAUUACGUUGGCACUUUAAAGCCUAGUUUUUGUAAACAACUGUCCAAAGUUCUGUGUUAUAUGACUAGACUUCGACAUGUAUAUCUACCAGCGUAUGCAAUUUCAUCUAUGGGGAAACUAGAUCUCAGCACUCUACAGGACUUGCAGAUAUUAUGGGGUGUCAGCGGCGGUGAUUGGCUAACAGAUGAUUUGGGUAAAAUAAAUGCGUCUCUCUUAAAUCUGAGGAUAGUAAACAUUUCAUGCACUAAAGAGUUAGAGUCAGUGGUGAAUUGGCUGAACCGAGAGCCCAAACAGCUUCAGGUACUGAAAUUGGAUUGGCAUGGGGCAAGACAACGUAAGCUGCUUUUUCCAGAAAACCUCAUAAACUGUUAAAACCUACACAAACUUGCAUUUAUUGGAAGACUGAAAGAGGAAUAUAACUUCACACUCUUACCAUCACUAGUCAAGUUUGGAACUGUAUUUCUCUCAUCUCGAAAAAUAUGAUCCAACAGAAAAGCUGGGGCACCUUCCUCUUUUAAAAAUUCUGUCUAUGGAAUGCCUACAAGGGGAUUCAAUGGAAUUGUGGUUCAAAUAUGUUCCUGAAACUCGAGGAGCUUCAAAUCUCACACCUGCCAAACUUGGUGCAAUGGAGAAUUGAAGCAGGUGCAAUGCCACAUCUGAGGAGACUAUCAAUAUUUAGUUGUCAGAAGUUGUUAGCGCUCCCGGAAGAGCUAAGGUACAUCAACCUGCAAGAACUGGAGAUUCUGGAUAUGCCAAAGUCAUUUAACAGCAGGCUACAUGAAAUCAAAGAUGAAAAUACAGCAGAAGCAAAGGACAACGACAUCAUUCGAAACAUUCCUUGCAUCAAAAUUGAGGCUUGUUAGAUACUUCCAGAGUACACGACAAACUCUAGCAAAUCAACAGUUUGACCCUUCUUAGCACAACAGCAACAGAUUAUACUGUUUCCAUAAUAUUUGAUCAACUCUUUCCCAGUUUGGAUUAUAAACUUUAUAAAAAUUUAUGUGUGUAUAAAAUUUGUUUAGCAAGCUUUAUUCUGCAGCUGAAAUGCAAUACAUGGUAAAAUUGUAAUCAGUUAUGUGGCUUUCCUUCCUUGCCCACACACACACAAAAUAAGUUUUUUUCUUAAAAAAAAAAAAAAAAAAAAAAAA